AUGAUUAUAGAUACUAAUAAUAAUAGUUACAACUUCAACGAUAAUAAUAAUUGCAAUAAUAGUAAUCAUGAAUUUUUAUUUUGGAAAGUUUGGAGGAACCGAUAUUUAAUAAACUUAAUAAUAAAUAAUAUAUGUGGUCAAGAGUUAUUGUUUACUUCAAUGGACUCUUACUAUAUUGGCAAUAGAAUAAAGUUUGAAAAUAUAUUGGACUUAACAUGGCUAGUAAAUAAAAAGCAGUACUCAAUAUUAAAAGAUAAAUUAAUUUCAAAUCAACCAUUAGAAAUCACAAGUAGAGGUUUGAAGCUAUUAUAUGAACAAAUUGACGAACUAUCUCAGUCCGAAAUUUUAAACUUGCUUUAUCAAAUUAAAAAAAAUCAAAUUUCAGACAUUAAAUAUAUAGACCUUUCCAAAGUACCGUUAAAGGGUUUAAAAGAAUAUUAUAGAUUAAAUCCAUCGGGAAGAGAUAUUUUAAAAAAUAAAAGUAUUGUAGAUAAUGCAAUUUUAAAUAUGGAUUUUAAUAUAUUGAAUUUUAUCAAAUCUAUUUAUCAGCAACAACAACAACAACAACAACAACAAACCAAUAUAAUAAAUAAUAAUAAUAAUAAUAAUAAUAGCAAUAAUAUUAACAAUAAUACAACAUACAAUAAUAGUAUAUUUAAAAAUUCUUUUACUGAAAGCCAAUUAAUCGAAAAUGCAUGUAAGUCAAAUGAUCCAGAAAAAAUGUUCAAAUUUAUAGAAGAAGAGUUAAAUUUAGAUUUAAAGAAAUUAAUAGAUAAAUAUCCACAAAACUACUAUAAUAUGUUUAUGAAUAUUCUUGACAAAUUAACACCAGAAAGAAUAAAAUUAAUAUUUCACUGUGCCAAUGAUGGAUGUACUUACGAGAAGCCAUUUCAUUAUAUAUUUCCAUUCAAAUAUACUGUCGAUAGUUUAAAAUGUUUAAUAUUAGAUACCGUUCCAUUAAAGAAGACUUUAAUAUCUAAAGAGCUAUCAAUAGAAGAGUUGUUAGAAGGAUACAAAGCUGGAUAUGAGCAUAAAUAUUUCCCAUUUUUUAUAGACUAUUUUUUUAAACAAAAUCAAAUUGAAAAAGUAAUAUCCUAUUUAAAAGUCAGCAAAACAAUUUCAACGAUCAAUUAUCAUUACAAGAACCUUUAUUCAGAUAUGCAAGUUUUCUUUUAUGUUGAAACCGUUAGAAAUUUUAAUAUUCGAGCCUUGGACUAUAUUAUAGAAACCAAAGUAUCUCUAAAUUUUUUAAAUAAAGAUAGUGUUAUCGAGCCAUUAACUCCAAUUGCUUCAAACAGUCAAGUUUUCGAUUUCUUGAAGAAGUUUAUUGUCCAUUUCGAUGUAUACUGCUAUAUUAUCAAGCUUCUCUUUAUUUUUUAUCCAAUCGAUACUAUAAAAUCUCUCAUGAAAAUAGAAGAGUUCGAAAUCAAAUUUAUUAAAGAAUUGCACGAAAAAAAUGAAAUAAUUCAAACUCUAUUACCAAUUAUUUCAAAUGAACCAGAAAAAAUAGAAUUUUUAUUAAAAUAUCGAGUUAAAAGAAUAAGUACUAUCAAUUUAAAUAUUGGCAGUAAUAAUGCAUUAUUAGAAAGAUCAAAUAAAGAAAAAUUAGAAUUCUUUAAUCACUGUUGUUAUCACGAUAUAAAUUCAAUUAUUACAAACGAAUGCAAAAAGGAACUAUUGCAAAACUUAAAGCUAAAGAAUGAAUCAGUUCAAGACUCAAUAGAAAUAUAUAAUUUAAUAGAUUACAACUCAAUAGGUAUAGAAAAGGAAAUUAUACAGUCUCUACUCUUUACAGAACAUAUUAAACAAUUCUUUUUUUCUCAAGAUUUAGAUUCAGUCAAAAAUUUAAUACUAGCUCUUCUAUAUAAUAAUAACGAUACUAGUUUAAUAAAUAAACAAAAAAUUGGAGAGUUCAAAAAGAUAAAUAACGAUUUCAAUAAAAAAAGAAAUAAUAGUAAUAUAAACAAUAAUAUAAAUAACCUAAUAAUUGAAAAUAUUAUAUUAUUAAGUAAUAGAUAUAUAAUAGAAAAGUUUACAAAAGAAUUAAUUGAAAAUGAUUCAGUUUCAAAUGAAGUUUUAUUAAAAUUAAUAGAAGAGGUGAUCAAGUUAAAAGAAAAAUUACCAUUUUCAAUUAUAUUACUAUUAUUAAAAAAGAACAAAUAUUUAAUUUUAGAAAACUUAUUUGAAACUCAAAAAGAACAAAUAAUGAACUCUUUAAAUGGAACAAGUAAAAGCAAAUUUUUAAUGGAGCCAAAUGAAGGUGUAGAUCAAUUGUUUUCAAACUUUAAAGAUAUUAAUAUUAUAAAACCAAGUCAUUUUAUAUCACCAAAUAGCUAUGACCAUUGCAAAACGUUAUUCCUCACCUAUGGGUACCCAAAUUAUUUAAUAGACUAUUUAUCAAAAAAUCAACAAUCAAUAGAGACCUUUCCUUUAACUAAACACCUUAAAGAUUCAAUUUUUAAAUAUACAACACUAGAUCAAUUUUUAGAAUUAUCAAAACACUAUUCAUUUAAAGAUAUUAAUGACCAAUUAAACAAUAAUAAUAAUAAUAAUAAUAAUAAUAAUAAUAAUCAACAAAACCAACAACAAAUUGCAAUGCAAAUUCAACAAAUAAAUAAUGAAAUUGAUGACACUAAUUUAAUGAUAGAUGAUGAUAUAAUCAAUAACAAUCAUAUUAUAGGCAACAACAACAAUAAUGCAAAUAACAAUAAUAUAAAUAAUUACAUCAAUGAAAAUGAUGACGAAGAACCAGAUAAUGAAAUUAGUAUAUCAAACAACUUUCAACAAUUACACCAAGAGGAAUCAAAUGAAGUAAUCAUAUUAAACAAUUCAAUUCAAUUCAAUAGAGUAGAUAUUAUAUGUUGGUUAUUGGAAAAUAAAAAGCUUUCAGUUUCAUUCAUAAUAGUUUCAUUAUUCAAUUUAGAUAGAUAUCAUAUAUUAGAUUAUAUUAUUAGAAAGUAUAAAAACAGAUAUUUUUCAAAUCCAAUAGAAAAAAGAUUAAAUUUGGUUUUUCUAUCACUAGUAAAUUCAAAUAGUUUAUCAAUUUUCAAAAUGAUUGAAAGUCUUUACCCAAAUCACAAAUUCAUUGUUGGUAGAUCAAUUAUAAAUUCGCUUGUUUUAAACGAUAAAAAUAAUGAAAAGUUAAAAUACCUCAAUAAGAAGAAUUAUUUAGUAGAUCUCGAAUAUUUAAAUCAUAAAAGUAAAAAAGUUAAUGGCAAAACUAUAAAAUUAACAUUUCCAGAUUCUAUUUCUAAAACAAUUUUCGAAAUAAUAAAUCAAAAUAAAAAGAGACCAAAUAAUGAUAUAAAUUUAUACUUAACAAAUAAUAAUAAUAUAAAUAAUAAUAAUAACAAUAUUAGUAGCAUUGAUAAAAAAAGAUUAAACAAAAAAUAUAAAAGAUUCUAA